AUGGCAAAAGACCCCAAGCCAAGCCGAGCCAGGCCUGGGCAGAAGAGGCAGCAUGGCAGCACCUUCUACCACAGUAACUGUGACCUGGACUAUGAUCUCUACAGAGAUGAUUUCCCUUACCGAGUGUAUGAGUACCAGAAGAUCCCCCCACUUAUUAAUCGCAUUCCUGUCAAGGCCAGGAGAACUCACUUGGGGACAGGAGGGAAAAGCAGCCUGAACCCCCACACUGGGCCAAGAAGCAGCAGUAACUCAGCAGUGGGUCGGACAAAAUUGCGAGCUGAAGAGCUUCAUUCCAUUAAGGGAGAGCUGAGUCAGAUCAAAGCCCAGGUGGACAGUUUGCUGGAGAGUCUGGACCGGAUGGACCAGAGACGAGAGCGGCUGACAGGGUCCAAGGAGAGUGAGAAAAAGAAAGCUGAGGCAAGUGAAGAACCCUCAUCCCCCGUGGGGGAGAUGCUGCGGGAACCCCGAGGGAAGGAGAGCACAGCAGCUGAUGAGCAGAGUGACCUGCGAGACAUCGACAGCGUGGAGGAGGGCACAGACACGGAGGAGAUGAUGAAAAAUCACGCGUCGGAUCCUGAAGGCAGCCAUUAGGUGGACUGGGAUGCUACAGCCACCCCCAGGCUGGGCAGCAUUUCCUUUCUUGUGUUUGUAUUUCUUUCAAGGCCUUCAGCUGGUGCCAGACAUGACAUGAGUUACCUGGUCUCAGUGCUAGUGCAGCAAAACGAGAGCCCCAAGCCACUUUGACUAGCACCUCACUAUUUCCUCCAGAACAAGACUCCCAAUGUGCCCAUGACAAGAGAAAUCCUUGUAUUUAACUGCUCUUUGUAGCACCAAAAAAUAAUGUGUGUUGGAGGGAAAGUGUGGGGGGAGAGGCAGUGGAGGGGAAGGGGUUUGAGGAGGAAAAGCAGAAAGCCCCAGAGAAGCAGACAGUCUCCAUACUGUGUGAUUCCAGACAGGCCUCCCCUUGUUUGCAAACCUUUCCCCAUGAUGCCGCAACCUUGUGGAGCUAGUUCCAGGGAACCUCUUGCUGAGUUGCUCCAGACCAUGCCAUUGCUGAUGAACUAGGUACCAGGGAAAGGGCCCACUGCCUAGAUCACUGUUUGAGCUCCCACCCCCGAAUUACUCCUCUCUUGCCCAAGUAACUGUGGGUGAUUCACGUUGCCAGUCAGCUGAUCUGCUGAGUUCAGACAAACAAUGAAGCUCCCCAGGCACUUUUGCCGGCAUGUCCCAGUGUGGCUUCUUGCCCCACCCCCCAGGCGUUUGUUGGCCCAGAGGUAUGUGGGGCUGAAAGAGAAUCGCCACUUGCUUGACUUCCGUGCUCAAAUCCCAGCUUCAUCCAACCCAGAAAUGCAUCCACCAGCGGCUCCUUCCAAUCUCUUCUCCCUGAACAAUGGUUUCAUGGCAAACACUGCAAUGAAUCACAUCUAGAGCAGGCCAAAAUGUCACCUGCUAAUAAGUACAAUGGGCCCACCCCCAUCACAUGUUCCAGACCCCUGAGCUCUCUGCAUCAUGUCAUUAAGGCAGGACUGAGAUGCCUUGAAAGGGACAGUCACUCACAGCAGUGAAAAGCAAACAGUGAGACAUCUUACAUCAAUUUAUUUCUGAGCCCAGGCCUGCCAGAGGGAAAAAGGUCUAUCACUGGGCUGUAACUCACUGGCCUGCUGAACAAAAAACUGGCGGGGCUAGAAAUAAACUAUUUCCUUGUGGUGUUAAUGGAAAUCUCACAGAGCAGCGCACUGAUGGGGAGGAAUUGGAUUC